AUGCCAAGUCUCACGAACGGACCUUCUACCACAGUCAACGGCUCCUCUGCUCCAUCCAUCUUGACCGACGAUGAGCAAGCAGUUCGAGACCUGAGGAAGUUCAUCAUCGAUAUCUGUCGACAGAACGGCGGUGGUCAUGGAGGGUCGGCGAUUGGGAUGGCGCCUCUGGGCGUGGCUCUGUGGCGCCAUACAAUGAGAUACAAUCCAAAGAAUGCCGACUGGUUCGAUCGAGAUCGGUUCGUGCUGUCGAAUGGCCACGCUGCCAUGUUCAUCUAUACCAUGUUAUAUGUGACCGGAUAUCCGAAUAUGACAUUGGACGAGUUGAAGCUAUACGGCUCGGCCAAGGCAGUCGAUCCGGAGACUGGCAUCGAAGUGACUACUGGGCCGCUUGGUCAAGGGGUAGCGAAUGCGGUAGGCCUCGCCAUCGCCUCGAAGCACUUGGCAGCAACCUUUAACAAGCCCGGCUACGACAUCGUUCGUUCUCGGAUCUACUGCACCACGGGCGAUGGAUGUCUUCAGGAAGGAGUCGCCCAAGAGGCCAUGGCUCUUGCAGGUCAUCUUCAGCUCGAUAACCUCGUCCUCUGCUACGACAAUAACCAGGUCACCUGUGAUGGCCCUCUAGAGUGGAUUGUGUCCGAAGACACCAAUGCCAAAAUGCGCGCAAUAGGAUGGAAUGUUAUCGAUGUUUUCACAGGGGAUGGCUCGGUCGACGACAUUGUCUCAGCGCUGAAGCUUGCCCGGUCUACCAAGGGCAAACCUACCUUCAUCAACAUCCGUACCACAAUCGGUUACGGGACGUCCACCGCGGGUACUUUCAAGUCGCAUCACGGCACCUAUACUGAUGAGGAUGCCGCAAUCUACGCGUCUGCCGACGUAUCAACCACACAUACUCUGUCAGAACAGACAAAAGCGUACCUCGCUGGGUGUGAGGCAAGAGGCCAAACUCUUGAAGAGGACUGGAAUGACCUCCUUGUGGCCUAUAACAAAGCUUACCCCACCGAAGCUAAGCUACUGUCCGACCGAAUGAAUGGCAAGGUCGACUAUGAGUCUGUCCUUUCUUCUCUUCAAGUUCCCGAGGUCAUCCAAGCUACCCGACAAUUCAAUGGCACCGUCUUUAAUACCCUCAUGUCACAUAUUCCACACCUCAUUGCUGGUGGCGCCGACCUCUGGAACAGCAAUCAAAUGGGUGACCAGACGUCUCGGAUCUAUUCCGGAGGGCACCCAGAGGGCCGCGUCAUUCGAUAUGGCAUUCGCGAACAUGCAAUGGCAUCCAUCUCGAACGGACUAGCAGCCUACAGUCCCGGCACCAUUAUCCCUAUCACGGCGACAUUCUUUAUGUUCUACUUGUACGCAGCGCCUGGCGUACGUAUGGGUGCACUAAGUCACCUCAAAGUUAUCCACGUGGCCACCCACGACUCGAUCGGCGAAGGCCAGAAUGGUCCAACUCAUCAGCCUGUCGAACUCGACUCUUUGUAUCGAGCGAUGCCACACCUAGCGUAUAUCAGACCCUCUGAUGCCGAAGAAGUCAUAGGUGCUUGGUCGACCGCGUUAGGUCCCGCCACUAAGGAGAUGUCGGUUAUCAUCUCGCUGGCUAGGGACCCAGCAAUCAUCGCGAUACCAAACACAGAUCGAGCCAAAGUCGCCCGAGGCGGAUACGUGAUUGUCGAGCAGAGCGAUGCCGUCGUCACUCUCAUUUCUUGCGGCUCGGAAUUGCAAUUUGCCGUAGCGGCGGCGAAUCAGCUGACAGAGCAGCACGGCAUUUCGACACGGGUGGUAAGCAUGCCGUGCAUCAGCCUGUUCGAAGCCCAACCCGAGACAUACCAGAAUGAAGUUCUUGGGUUAACGGAACAUGUGGUUAGCGUCGAAGCCUAUGUCAGUAGCAUGUGGGCAAGGUUUUGUACAGCAAGCGUGGCGAUGGAUGGCUUUGGGUAUUCCGGAGCAGGCACUGAAAACUUUAGGAGGUUUGGCAUUGACGAUAUCGGGAUUGUCAAGAAGGGCUCGAGCUUGAUCCAACGAGACGAUGAUCCCGGCCUGCUCUCAUGGCCCUGUGUUGAUCUCGGUGGGAACUAG